CGCGAUACUUCAGCCCGUGUUUUUCCUCUGAUUCAGAGUGGCUAAGAGCAGUUUGCUAACUUCACUUUUCUGGUUCUUCUCCGUCUAUGGUUCUCUGAGCUGCUCGUCUGGUUCCGUUCAACCCGCAGAAGAAGCGCUCAGCUCGGCUCUGCUUCUCUCCGCCUCCAGCCGUCCAGCUCCGGUUCACGGAGAAGUUCUCCGGUUAAAUUAGUAGCUCGGUAGCAGAAAUAGGUCAGCGGCGGUUUGUUGACGGCUUGUUCGGUUGGUUUCCUCCCGCCGAUUCGUCCAGCGGCCCCGCAGACUUCAACGAUGGUUCUCCUGAAAAACCUCCAACCUCCCACCGAGGGGAUCCGACACGAGCAGGCCGAGACCACGGCGGUGAUGGACGGACAGAGGCUCGGCUGCGGCACGUUGUACGUGGCCGAAACGCGUCUGUUGUGGUUCGACGGUUCGGGUUUGGGUUUCUCUCUGGAAUAUCCCACCAUCGGCCUCCACGCCAUCUCCAGAGACGUCAGCACUUAUCCUCAGGAACAUCUGUACGUGAUGGUCAACGGCAAACUCAGCGAUGAGAACGAAGCAGAAAUGGCAGAAAAAGCAGCAGAUGAUGAAGAUGAAGACGGCAGCGAUGAUGGUGAAGAUGAUGACCAAGGAACGAUCACAGAGAUCCGGUUUGUUCCCAGCGACAAGGCCUCAUUGGAGUCCAUGUUCUCGGCCAUGUGUGAGUGUCAGGCUCUGCAUCCAGACCCCGAGGACGACGACUCCGACAACGACUUCGAGGGAGAAGAAUACGACGUGGAGGAAGCUGAAGCAGAGCACGGCCACAGCGACAUCCCCUCCUUCUACACCUGUGAUGAGGGCCUGUCGGCGCUGACCCAGGAGGGCCAGGCCACGCUGGAGAGGCUGGAGGGGAUGCUGGCCCAGUCCGUGGCCCAGCAGUACCACAUGGCCGGAGUCAGAACCGAAGAGACCAAGGCCGACUUCGAAGAUGGGAUGGAGGUGGACGCAGCAGCGAUGGAGGCCGGGCAGUUUGAGGACGCAGACGUGGAGCACUGAUGUUUUCCAGUGUUGCAUCGUGGGAUUGAAGAGAAGAAACGGCAGCACUUAUGUAUCCGCUUCCUGUUUAACCGCCUAUAAGCUCCUCCCAUUAAGCUCUUCGGUAGCUUCUCGUGUUGCCGCGGUAACGACGUCAGGAAGUGGCCGCUGCAGCUCGGAUCGUCCCGUUAACCGUAAAACUAAAGUUUCUGUUUCUGUUUUGUACCUAAAGACCAAUUUAAUAUCGCCGGAGAGUCCACGUCUUUGUAUGAAAAUGUCAAUAAAUGAUUAGUUUUUGUAUCA